CAACCCUGCUCAACACAGAAGGCGUCAAGCUGCGGCGUUACCAUGUACUUCAUCUGCUGGCAUCAAUUCAGUUCGAUGCAUUCUGGAGCUCGCACCAACUAGUAGGGGUAAGCAUGUCCAAUCUGAUAUUCUGCAACCCCAGACACCAGCUACUGAGUAAAAUGUAUAAAAGCCUCCCCAAAUCGAACUCCUUUUCCUCACUCGAACACUCAAAAGUCGUCUGUUCAAGUACUAGUCCUCUUCUUUUCCAAUAUGCUCUUCAACAAAUUCUUCACCGUCUCCGCACUCACAACUCUUGCUGCUGCCACAGCCAUCGAGCGCCGCACGGGAACGCCUAACCAACAAUGCCCAGGCCUCCAAUGCUGCCAACAGACGGGGCUGGCGUCCUCCACCUCUAUCAUCAGCGCAGUUACAGCUCUUGACCCACUCGGACUCACUGGGCUUCUCCUCGCGUUGUUGGGCGCGCCCCUCAACGCCCUCGUUGGUCUCAACUGCAGCCCCAUCACCGUUAUCGGUGGUGGCAACGGUGCAUGCUCUGGAGGCACCACUGUUGUUUGCAAUGACAACAGUCACGGUGGUCUCCUCAACAUCGGAUGCGUUCCUAUUACCAUUUAAGGAUUGAUCGGACGACGAACGAAGGCCUUUCGGGUUGGAUAUCGUGGA